GAAUUUUGGUGGCUAGAAAAGCACAGAGCUGAAGUUUUUAACAGCAGGCUGGUAGAAGACUGAUCGUUCAAUUCUGUGAGGAUGAUGCAGACCUGGUUGCUGGUUUCUCUCCUGCUUUCUAUCUGCUGGGCCCAACGUUCAGAGCCCAUGUUCAGGGCAAUGACCAAGAUGGUGCUGCCCCCAGACUAUGAGAACAACCCCACCCAGCUCAACUAUGGGCUGGCAGUGACGGACGUGGAUGGAGACGGGGACCUAGAGGUGCUGGUGGCAGGGUAUAACGGGCCCAAUCUGGUGCUGAAGUACGACAAGAGGCGAGAGGUGCUCUAUAACAUUGCUGCGGACAACAAGAGCUCCCCGUUCUAUGCGCUACGUGAUCGCCAAGGCAACGCCAUCGGAGUGACAGCCUGCGACAUUGAUGGGGACGGCAGGGAGGAGAUUUACUUCUUGAACACGAACAACGCCUUCUCAGGUCUUGCCACAUACUCUGACAAGCUCUUUAAAUUCCGGAAUGGUCACUUUGAGGACCUCCUGAGUGAUGACAUCAAUGUGCGCCGAGGAGUGGCCAAUCGCAUGGCCGGGCGCUCUGUGGCCUGCUUAGACAGAAAGGGCACUGGUCGCUACUCUAUUUACAUUGCUAACUAUGCUAGCGGUAAAGUAGGGGCCCAUGCGCUAAUUGAGAUGGAUGAGGCUGCCAGUGACAUGUCCGCAGGAAUCAUCGCUCUGUCUGAUGUGGCUGAGCAGGCCGGAGUCAACAAGUUAACAGGCGGCCGUGGCGUGGUGGUGGGGCCCAUCGUGAGCCAGGUGCAGUCCGAUAUCUUCUGUGACAACGAGUACGGGCCCAACUUCCUGUUCAAGAACAACGGAGAUGGCACCUUCACUGACAUUGCCGCACAGGCGGGUGUUGACGACCCCUAUCAGCACGGCCGGGGGGUGACGCUAGCUGACUUCAACCGGGACGGCAAGACAGACAUUGUGUACGGCAACUGGAAUGGGCCACACAGGCUCUUCCUGCAGACCAGCGCCAACCGCAAACUGAGAUUCAAGGACAUCGCCACUCAGAAAUUCGCCAUGCCCUCUCCGGUCCGUACCGUCAUCGUGGCUGACUUUGACAAUGACCAGGAACUUGAGGUUUUCUUCAACAACAUUGCGUAUCGCGGCUCCUCUGCCAACCGCAUCUUCAGGGUGUCUCGACGGGAUCACGCUGACCCCCUGAUCGAGGAGCUCAAUGUGGGGGAGGCAGCAGAGGCUGAUGGCCGUGGGACAGGAGCUGCAGUAACGGAUUUCGAUGGGGAUGGGAAGCUGGAUCUGAUAGUGUCUCAUGGGGAGAGUGUGGCUCAGCCCCUCUCGAUUUACAGAGUCAACCAGGGCUCUGCCAAUAACUGGUUGCGUGUGAUCCCUCGCACCCGGUUCGGAUCUUUUGCACGAGGAGCGAAGGUGGUUGUCUACACAAAGAAAAGCGGGCCCCACACACGCAUCAUCGACGGGGGGUCCGGCUACCUGUGUGAGAUGGAGCCUGUCGCUCACUUUGGACUUGGCAAGGACACGGUCACCACUGUAGAGGUGAGGUGGCCCGACGGCAGCUCAGUAGCUCGCCCCCUAGUGGCCAGCGAGAUGAACUCAGUCCUGGAAAUCCCCUACCCACAGACUGAGGGCAAGGAGCAGCUUGCAGAAAUUGAGUGUGGACAAGGAUUUGCUGCUGAUGAAAAAGGACUCUGUACAGACAAAGAUGAAUGCAACGAAUUCCCCUCUGUGUGUUCUGGGGACAGGCCGGUGUGUAUCAACACCUUUGGAGGGUACAAGUGCAGGCCCAACAAGAGGUGUGGCCAUGGCUUUGAGCCCAAUGAAGACGGGACAGCCUGUGUGGCUCAGGUCGCUUACUUUGGGGGGAAUCGAUCCUCGUCUUCUAUGUCCUCAGCUGGUCUCCCACAGGUCUGUGUGGCUCUGCUUGGCCUGGCUCGCUGGCUGCAGGCUUGAUACCCCUGUCUCCUCUUCUUUUUUCUCACCAAACCUUGGGACUCUCGGGCAAGCUCCAUCCAACAGUGAAAGACCAUUAAAGACAGCUGAUCUUAAUCCAGCAAAAGCGACUUCACUGUUUCUGAUUCUUUCAUUUCUCUUUUUCUCACUUUCUCUACCUCUCUCUCUGUCUCACUGUUUCAACUGAGCAUGCCUGCUGUCUGCAGGGUUUCUCUGUGUUUCUCGGGGGUGAUCUAAUGAUGCAAAAAUGUCACCUUGACCUGCCUUACCUCUCAAUUUAGACAGACUGUACCUCCCUACUGUCAGGUCAGUGAGGGACAUACACACUGUACCUCUCAGUGACCGAGGGAGAGACAAACAGGCAUUGUCUCAGUGAAUGAGUGAGGGAAAGACAGACUUUCUCUCAGUGAGUGAGUGAGGGAUGGACACAAACAUUAAAGCCCCCCCCCCCAAAAAAACAAAAACAAAACAAAAACCAAAGUGAUGCAGUAUCCCUGCUUUGCUGUAUAAAGUUUGGAACAUUAUGAUUUGUAGGAUUGCAGUGUUUGAAGUUGAUUUGUAAAGCUUGUUAAUGAGUUAGAUUAUAUUUUGUGUAUAUUUAUUUAAACAAAGUGACACAAUAAAACUAAAAAGUAGACUUGCAAAACUGAACUCUUACUCUAAACUACCCUUACUCGUUUGAUGCUCAGGCCUAAAAUAUAUUGGAUGAGUUCAAAAUUCAGAUAAGUAUUUAGGGGGGAAGGUACUGAUUUUAGCCUUGGACUGUUUGUGCGGUGCAAUAGUUGUUCAGUACGUUGUUUAAAACACUGCCUGUGAUGUGUCCCUGACAGGCUGGAGGUACAGGAGUAUUGGACAUUUUUCCAUAGCUGAAGGAGUGAAAGGGAUCCAGCUGGCAGAGUGAAAGCGUAAUUGAGGGAUUGGACCUGGUAAAGAAAAUGCUGUAUUGUGUAUUGGAACAAACAAAGAAAUGCCCAAGGCCCUGGAUAGACUCCAGUUUAACGGCAUUAACUUUGCAACUGCAAUUCUUAACAUUAUAAUUACAAAACAAUGCAAAACUAUAGUCUAGCAAUUGUGGUGUUUGUAGUGAUUCACUGUGCUUCAUUGCAGAGAUGCUUUGCAUGCAAGACAGUGGGUCACCCUGCUGGCUAGACACAGCUUUCAGGAAAUACUGUAAAUCAUGUUCUGUAAAUAUUCUGUAUGUCUUUCCAGUUCUUUUUAUUAUUUAUUAUUUUGAUCUAUUUUAGUAUUUCAGUGGUAAACAUUUCAGAGUUGAAUUUAGCAAACAGCUGUGUUUUUGCUGAAGCUUGUGGAUCACGGUGUUCAUGUGUAAAAUAAAGUGGGA